AUGUUCAGGCAAGACUUCAACAGGAUAGACCCAAAACGGCGCCAUGUCGACCAUCGCAAACAGCAAUUCGUCGACCGCGGCUACAAAGAGCAGCAAUACCCCCACAGACUCAACUUCUACGCGACGCCGCCCACAGCAGACAUCACCCUCGAGCAAUUCGAGCAAUGGGCAAUCGACCGUCUCAGAGUCCUCGCCGAGCUCGAGGCAUGCUCAUUUCGCAACAAAUCCCCCGAUGAGACCGCCGCCCACAUGAAGCCGCUGCUCGAGAAGUACCUCCCACUAGACUUCAACAGCUCCAAGUCAACGCAGCUCGCCUUGCAGCGGCAGAAAGACCACUACAGCCACUUCAUCCUGCGCCUCGCCUUCUCGGCAACCGAGGACCUGCGCCGGCGAUUCACUCGCGUCGAGACGACGCUCUUCCGAUUACGUCUCAACCAGGAGGAUACAAGAGACCGCAAUGAUUUCAUCAAGAGCUUGACGUUGGAUUGGGAAAUGGUGUCAGACGAAGAGAGGCGGGAAUUGGAGGCAGAGCUGGCUGCGACGAGCGCCUUCGGGCGCAAGGUAGCCCCGGUGGAAGAGACAUGGUGUAAGGUCGAUUGGGAACGGGUGCCAGACUUGGUCGAGGGCAGAAGAGUAUUCCUCAAAGCCGGAAUGGCCUAUGUGCCCUCCAGAGAACAAACAAGCAUGGUCGUCACGGAGUUCACCUCCAGGCUCGAACGAGCCCUCGAGCUUACCGCACGCGCUCUGCCACGACUCGACGAAGACGACCGCCUGACGCCCAUACUUGACCACCUCUCCAAGAACUUUAUCACGCCCGAUGCCUCCUACCAGAGCAGCUCAGGCGACCUCCCCGCCGGCGCCGAGAUCUCCGCGCGCAACAUCGACAAGCUCUCGCAGCACUUCCCCGCCUGCAUGUCACAUCUGCACCGUUCACUUCGCCGAGAUGCACAUCUCAAACAUUAUGGACGUCUACAAUACACCCUGUUCCUGAAAGGUCUAGGGCUGAACCUGGAGGAAGCCCUGAUGUUCUGGCGACAGUCUUUCCACAAGGUCACUGACGACCAAUUCAACAAGGACUACCGAUACAAUGUACGACACUCGUACGGCGACGUCGGUGGUGAUUCGAAUAGGAGGGGUGGUGGUUACAGCCCAUUCAGCUGUCAGAAGAUCCUCAUGGAGCACCCACCUGGCCCAGGCGAGGCACAUGGGUGUCCAUACCGGCACUUCAAUAUGGAGAACCUAUCGAAUUUGGUGCAGGCCAUGGGCGUCAACGACAGGAGUGUGCUGAAUGGCGUAAAGGAGGACAAGGACAAGCAGAAGUAUCACAUGGCUUGCAACCGUGUCUUCGAAUACUUGCAUAAGAACGAGAUCAAGAAGGCCAAGGAUGAAGGCGUUAUGAGCGCCAAUCAGCUGGAGACUAUUGUUCACCCCAACGAGUACUUCAAGCGGAGUUACGUGCUGAAAAACCUAGGCAAGGAUUCGGGCGGUGAGGAUGUCAAGAUGGAGGGCUAA